GUGUGUAUCAAUCAGGCUACACUUAAAAUUAUGAGUUAUUCCAAUUUAUUAAUUUUAUUAAAUUAAGUGUGUAAUCAAGUGAAUUUGUGUUAAUUUCUGUUGUAAUUAAAAAGCCUGGAACUGUCUCAAUUCGUGAAUAGUGAUCGUUAUAUAAAUAUACAGUGAUUUAAUGAUAAAAUUCCAAAAAAUUAUUGUGAAGGAGGAAAAAAUAUCUUAAUUAAAGUCAAUUUCAUAUAAGUGGAGUAGCUCAAGUGGAAAUAAAAAGCAGAUCAUGGCAUUGGCAAAGAUAUCAAAACAACUGAAUAUCGCAAAUCAGCUAAUCACCGAGAAAGUAUUCAAUGGAGAAAAAUCAAAGUUUAACGAUGAUUAUACGGAGAUGGAGAAGAAAACCGACGCAACAGCUGAUAUGGUCGAUGACUUACAAACCAAAACGAAAGAAUUUCUCCAACCAAAUCCGGCAGCACGAGCGAAAAUGGUCGCAAUAAAGUUGUCGUCUGGAAGUCAGGCACAAAAAGCUCAAUAUCCACAAACGGAAGGCAUAUUAGGAAAUGCAAUGACAGGUCAUGGGAAGAAAUUAGGUGAAGAUGAUCCGCUCGGAUCGGCUUUAAUGGAGACUGGCGAGUCACUAAAGCAAAUAGCUGAUGUAAAAUAUUCACUAGAUAAUAAUGUCAAACAGAAUUUCCUCGAGCCUCUUCAGCAUUUACAAAAUAGCGAUAUUAAAGAAGUUUUGCAUCAUCGAAAGAAACUUUCAAAUCGUCGCUUGGACUACGAUGGAAAGAGACGAAAACAGCUUAAAGGUGGCAUAUCAGAUGAUGAGGUUCGCAUGGCACAGGAUAAAUUUCGUGAAUCUCUUCAUAAUGCAUCGACAAGCAUGCAUCAUUUAUUGGAAAAUGAUGUUGAGUUAAUUUCACAACUUGCUGUGUUUUCGGAAAGCCUUAUGACCUAUUAUCAACAAUGUGCCGAGAUUAUGCAAGAACUAACUAGCAAACUUUAUGAGAAAAAAUCAGAAGCAAUGAAUCGACCCAAGAAACAAUUCAUACCAACAACAUUAUCGGACUUGAAUAUAGACUCACUCUCGAUUGGAAGCAAUAAUGAUCGACAGAAUAACAACAGUAAUGGUGCGCGUCUUAAUAAUUUUGACAGAUUCAAAGCAACUUCGUCUUCAAAUCUUUCCUAUAAGCAUUCCAAUCUGAACAAUAAUAAUAUUAAUAAUAAUAAUAAUUUAAGUCGUGCAAGUAAAUUGUACGGCUCGCAAUCAAACAUUUCGUCCACAUCUUCAGGAUCACGUUAUCAAACUGUAAAUAAUAGCAAUAAUAACAAUAAUAAUAAUAGCCAAUAUUAUAAUAUAAAUUCACCUAAAACGUCUGCGGGUGAUUCGGACAAGUGGCUACAAGCUUGGGAAGACAAUAACAACAAUUAUCGCGCACCGUCCUUUCACCCAAAUAAGCAGACAUUUGAAAAAGUUAAUUUGUCAAGACAGAUUUCGCGCACAUCAAGCAGCACAUACAGCCGCUCAAAUUCAAUCAAUAAUCGUAAUUCGAAUCAUAGACAUUCCAAUCAAUCUGCUGACCCAUUUGAUCCAUUCGAUGAUCCAUGGUCAGCCUUUUCAUUCUUUAUACUCUGUCAUCAUACAUACUAUGGUCGUCUAUUCAUCGAAUCAAGCCAACAAUUUCCAAUCCAAUUCUUUUAUCGCAGCCUCAACCGACAGUUAAUUUAAUUAAUAAUUUCAAUAAUAAUAUGCGUACUCAACAAUCGAGUGCCUAUCCUCAUUGUGUGGCCUUAUACGACUUUGAUGCUGAAAAUCCUGGUGAAUUGUCAUUUAAGGAAAAUGACACUUUAAGGCUGCUAUCACGUGUCGACGACAAUUGGUAUGAAGGAAUGCUUAGCAGUGGACGAACAGGAUACAUCCCGAUGUCAUACGUUCAAGUAAAGAUUCCAUUGCCUUAAAAUAAUAAAGAAGAUGCUGUUCUCCAAGCUGAACUUAUUAUCAUCACUCUACAUGAUUGUUUAAAAAUAAAAAAAUAUGUAAAUUAACAAUUUAUUGUGCCUUCACCAAUUGAAUGAAAAGUGCGAGUUUUUUUUAUUUGCAUAACGUACGUAUUUUUGAGCCAUAUUUUUGUAUUUUAUGUCAUGUAAAGAUGAAAACUCUAAACUAUAUAUAAAUAUAUUUUUGCACACGAUAAUUCUGUUCUGCCCUUUUGAAUCUUUUCUUGAAGGGAAGACGAUGAAUAAAAUUAAUCGUUGUGAGACACUAAAAAGUUAAAUGAAUGAAGACAAAAAACUAAGAUUUAUACUUAAUAAAUGUAAAGAUUAUAUACACAAAAUUAAGCACAAGGAAACGAAUUUAAAAGUCAA